AUGAUGGCUCAGUCAAGUAUAGAGUAUGGCGGGAAUACGUUGAAGGUUGGUGAGUUGGCAAGCCAGCGGAAAAGUUACCAUAACUUUCUAAAUUAGCUUUGCCACUCAUAUUAAUCUCAGGAUUUCGACACACUGGAUGCAAUUCGAAAACUAGUUCCUCGACCCUCAAAUUUACCAAGAGAUCGACUGGAAGACGAUGAAGAAUUGGAUCGAGAACCGAUUGUUGAAGCUGAUUCACUUGAAGGUAGCUUUCAGGCUAGAAAUUCUGGAAAUUUUGAAAAUUUAUAAUAUUUUAGGGCAAGUUAAGGCAAAAGAUGGAGAAGCUAAGGGAAAAGCGAUUGAAAAACAAGAGCCGAGUGAGGUGAAACCGAAACCGAAACGAGAUACGAAAAGUCCGUUUAGACGAGUUGAGCUGAAGCCGAAUAGAAGUGAGUUGGAAAAAAGGAAUUUUUGAAAAUGAAAAAAAAAUCACUUGAUGUUUAUGUUUUUUGUGAUUAACUUUUUUUUGUUAGAAAAAAACAUGGUAUUUUUUCAUUUUCAUUGUUUUCCAAAACUGAAAUUUUUCAGAACGCGCAGUCAAAAAUGAAGAAGCCCAAGAACAAGAGCAAGAAUCUUCAAGCGAAACUGAUGUUCCACCAAAAACAUCAGCUGCAAAUCCAUUCGAAGAAAUCGCAACUCGCGGACCACCACGUGACUAUCUCUACAUGAAACAAUUACGUAAUCGACAUCGAAAAAAUCGGAAAAGAAAUCGGCGAAGAUACAGAAAACAUGGAUUUUUAUCACGAGAUGAUAUUUUGAAGGCCAAACCGUGAGUAGUGAUAGGAAAAGGGUUCAAAAACUAAAGAAAGAUCAGCGAAAAUUUGGGCUGGUUUUUUCUCAAUUUAUCAAUAUUUUUCCAAAAAAAAACCGAAAUUUUUUUUUUAGAAAUCCUGAAGAAGCUCCUUCUGUAAAAAUGCCUGAAGAAAACACCAAAGCGAAAGCCGAAUUCGAACAAAUCGAUAUUCGCCAAAAAACUUGGGAACGUGAAAUGAAAGCAACCGAAGAAAAAAGAAAAGAAAUGGAAGAAAAGGCAAAACUACCACCUAGAAAACCAGAAGAUGAAGAAUUAGAGGAAGAGAUUCUGAAAGAUCCAUUAGAACUUCGAUUGGAAGCUGAGGAAAAGAAAAAACGAGGUGGAAUUGGAAAAGAUGGAUUGACAAUUAAAAGACUGCCAAAUAAUCCAUAUCGAGAUGUUGAUAUUCGAAAACCAACUGUUAUUGAAUUACCAAUUCCACCAGGAGAUGAUGAAGAGGAAAAUUUGAAGAAAAAUUGA